AUGCCUACGAAAACGAAGAAAAAGGCGGUUCGUGAUGCCGAGCGAAAAAAAAUAGGCUACAACAAUGGUCCAACUGAGAAGGAAGAAAAUUUAGAAGAUGAUACACCAAAAUCGUUUAAAAGACUCAUGAAAAUGAAAGAAUUCUCUGAAAAUAAACGAAACAAACCAGCGGAACCUGAGAAGAAAAAUAGCAAACCACAAAAAAAUGAGCAAUUGAAGCGACGACCAGGCGAAAGUAUGCGUGAAUUCAGUCUGCGAGUGAAUCAAAGUAUCCCAGUGGCAUUUAAAUCAGGAAAGGCUACGAUUGAUGAAUUUACGGAUAAGAAAGAUAAAAAGAAGAUCCUUAAAUCUCAAGAAAAACGCCUACGUGAGCGGACUGAAGCUGAGGAAAAUUUGGAGGAUAAAAACUGGGAAGAAGAUGUUUCUAAAAAAUUUAUCCAUGUAGAUUCGCGUAAAAAACGCAAAGGUUCUCCUGAUCCUUGGGCUGGCAUUCAAGAAAAACCUGCUUUUGGUGAGACUGUACAAGCUCCCCCAAAACUUCCUGAACUGAAGCUCAAAAAUAAAAUUACAGUCGAUAAUGUUCCAAAGUUCAAUAGCAGAGGCCAGCCUGAGUCUCUAGCUAGGCGGCAAGCGCUCGGACAAGAGCGCCAAGAACUAAUUCAAAAGUAUCGUGAGAUGAUGCACGGGGGAAAAAAGUAA